AUCAUGGGGACCGCAAGCAAAGAGGUAAUCCGGCAAGGUCACGUCGACAACGAAAAGGGCGUUACGGAUGCCGAAAAAAGCGACCCGAAGCAAAGCCAAAGUCAGAGCAAGCACAUUACCGACAGUCCAGAAGCCGCUUGGGACGAGGCAUUCCUCGUCACAUUCGCCGCUGACGAUGCUGAAAACCCACUCAAUUGGACCACGAAGCUCAAAUGGGGAGUUACGGCGGCUGUAUCUGGAACGGGCUUUGUUCGCAUCAUGGUUUCGACGAUGAUGGCACCUGCGAUCAACACUAUCGCAUCUGAACUGCACAUGUCCACGACUGAGUCGUUCAUGGCGCUAUCGGUCUAUCUCUUAGCCACCGCAUUUGGACCGCUCAUCAUUGGCCCUCUGUCAGAAGUCUACGGCAGAAGGCGCGUCUUCCACGUUACCAACGUGUGGUUCCUGUUGUGGAAUUUCGUUUGUGGCUUCGCAAACUCCAAGGGCCUGCUUAUCGCCGCCCGUCUGCUGGCCGGCUUUGGCGCGAGUGCAGCAUACAGUUUGGCAUAUGGCGUGCUCGGCGAUGUGUGGCCCGCGGAGCAGAGAGGACGCUCCGUGAGCCUGUACCUACUGAUUCCACUUACAGGGUCCGCUGUUGGUCCGAUCGUCAGCGGGUUCAUUGUCGAGUAUUCCACUUGGCGAUGGAUGUUCUGGUCUACUACUAUUCUCCAAGUCAUCCUCGAGGGAACCUCCCUGCUCGUGUUCUACGAGAGUUACGCGCCCUUCCUUCUUCGCAAGCGAGCCGAAAAACUGCGCAAAGAGACCGGCGACUCUCGCUACCACGCCGCAAUCGAGAUGCGCGAAUCCGGCCGCUCGACUAUGUGGAAGCUGCGCCGCAGUUUGUCCCGUCCCCUGCGCCUCUUGGCAUUCCACCCAAUCAUCCAGAUCCAGGCCAUCCUGGCAGGCAUAAAUUAUGGCCUGCUGUAUUUUGCGUUAGCCAGCUUCUCAGCUCUGCAUGUCUCCGCAUACGGUGAAUCCGUUGCCAUCUCUGGCCUGCAUUACAUCGCCAUCUGCACUGGCACCAUCUCGGGCGCCCAGCUCUGCGGACCGCUCAUGGACUAUGUUUACAAGAGGCUGACAAGUCACUCCGGCGACGGCCGCGUACCCGAGCUCCGCAUCCCGCUUCUGUUGCCAGGCGUCUUCUUCACGCCCAUCGGCUUCCUGCUCUACGGCUGGGCGGCGCAAUACCGCCUCUUUUGGCUUGUUGUCGACAUUGGCGCGGCUCUGUUGUCCCUCGGCAUGCAGAUCUUCGACACCACCUUGCAUGCAUAUGUCAUGGAUGCGUACCCAGAGCACAUCAGCUCGGCUUCAGCUGCGACGCAAGUGCUCAGGAGUCUGCUGGCGUUUGCGUUUCCGUUGUUCUCAGACAAGCUGUACGAUACGCUGGGAUACGGGUGGGGCAACAGUCUCAUGGCAUUUUUGUCAAUUGGGAUUGCAUUGCCGGCGACGGGCAUACUCUGGCGCUGGGGUGCAAAGUUGAGAGCCAAGCGAGAGUCAAGUUACUAAGAGACGUCAUGGCCGUGGCUGCACUACAGCUACUUGUCUUGGAUGACGAGAGUCAGGCUCUGCGUCACUCUUUCAAUGAUGGUCUUGGUUUUCAAAGCUGUUUACUGGUGAACGAAGGAGAACACCAGGCACAGUAGAAAGAAUGCGUCUUCAACUUUUGAACGCGAUGCGAUGACAAUUCCUCAUCAGCGUAGCUACAUCAAUACCUG